AUGACAUUUCUGAGGCUCUCAGUGAUAACUGUACUGACGAUCCUGGUGACUGGUGAUGGCCAGCUUACCGUGCCACUAGGACUGACCACUGUCCACCUGAAUUGGAAAGUUGAUUAUGCCGAUCAGUCGGUGUUGUUCUACGUGGCUCAGGAAGCGAUACUCCUCGGAUACAUCAUUAUAGGGUUUUCUGACCAUGGAUCAUACAAUAAUUCUGAUGUUUGCAUUUAUAAGGAAGGGAAACUUAGGGAUGGUUAUAUCGACGGAAACUUCCAAAUACACUUCGACCGCAGUCAAGACUGUCAGUUAGAGAAGAAACAGUCCAAUCGAUUUGCGUUUCGGAGACGAUUUGCAACAUGCGAUACGAGAGAUUUUGCAUUUGAGACAGGGACAACACAGUUCAUCAUCGCAGGUGGUUUCGAAUUCACAAGAGAUUUCAAUAGUGAUUCUGUCAUGAAGGAAAUGCGUUUCGCUGUUUUGAUUGACAUGGAUGACACAGCUGCACCUCCAGAACCCGAAGGAGUUCAUUUCAAGGUGUUGGCUGAUGAUGCACUUAUACCUAAUGUGGUAACAACAUACUGGUGUAUAAUAGAAAGAAUACCAGCGGAGCUCAGCAGUCGAAAGCACCACAUUGUCCAAAUAAAUCCAUCCAUUAAAAAAGGCAAUGAGAACCUUGUGCACCAUAUGGAAAUAUUUCGGUGCGAGAGCGAAUACCAGACUGAAUACAGUGGCAACUGCGAUGCUUUGACAGCUUCAUCAUCGGCCAGAUCGUGCAGCCACGUCAUAGCCGCUUGGGCGAUGGGAGAAGGGCCGAUCUACUUCCCACCGGAAGCCGGUCUUCCUCUUGGCGGUGCAAAUGGAAAAGACUAUGUCAAGGUGGAGAUUCACUACAACAAUCCCGACCUAAUAUCAGGCGUGUAUGACAGUUCCGGCUUUGAGAUUGUUGUGACCACAGACCUCAGGCAGUUUGACGCGGGCAUUAUGGAGAUUGGUCUCAUAUAUUCCGAUGCAAACUCUAUUCCUCCAGGUCAAAGCGCAUUCCCGCUGACAGGACAUUGUGUAGCGGAUUGCACAAGCAAACUACCACCUUCGGGAAUACAUGUUUUUGGCUCACAACUUCACGCACAUCUCUACGGUCGGAAGAUCUUCACAAGUCAUUAUAGACAUGGCGUUAAAAUUGGUGAAGUCAAUCGCGAUAAUCACUACAGCCCUCACUGGCAGCACAUUGUUUUCAUUCGACCGUACAUACAUGUACUACCGGGAGAUGUUCUCACCACGACAUGCGUAUACGAAACCCAUUCCAAGAGUACCAUGACUUGGGUAAGUGUUUGA